AUGGAGAACGUCAAGCUGGACAUGAAGGCAACAGAUAUUGUUUAUGCCCUGGCCAUCUUCAUAUGCCUUGUGAGCACACUAGUUCCAUUAGUGCUAACCUGGAUGGGAGUCCAUAUGCAUGGUCUUCCAGCUGCUGUGUACUUAAAUGCAAUCUCUUCGUUCGUAUUCUUAUUCAUCAACAUCAUUGUAGUAUUAUUAGAAAUGUUAGUCAAUACUUCCAGAUACAGGAAAAUGGUCCUUCUACUUGGCAACUGUGAUCGGGAGUUUUCACAAUCUCAGAUUGGUGCUGUUGACAGAAUGAACAUUGGGUGGAUUGUGGGACCACUUAUCAAUAUCACUGUCUCAAGCAUGCAACUUGUUAUCAUUGCCAUAAAAAUGAAAUCUGUGAAUACAUUGCAAUUGGUGCUGGCCUACAUAGUGAACACAUUGGUAACAUCAGGAAAUCUCUUCAAAUUUUAUUUUUUGCUGUUGAUGGCAAGACAGAGAAUAAUUACACUCAACAAUGGCUUGUUCAGUAUGAGUAUGCAGCAGUAUGGCAGGAAAAGACUCACUGAAGGCAGCUCUAAGAGAGAGUGUUUUAGCGUUCUCAGUCAAGUGGCUAAUGAUGUUGAUGAGGUUCACUUCUGCCAAUGUAUAAGAUCCCUCAGGCGAGGAUUCGAGGCACUCUGCAGCCUCUCAGACGAAAUAUUUUUGGCGCACAAGGUGUUCUUGGCACUGUUGCUGCCUACACUGUUUAUGGAAUCGGUGUGCACCGUUUUCCUUACGUGCAAGCGCCUGAAAUACGGGGAUAAUUUCCAGACAACGGAACACACGUGGGGUGCCCACUUCGUGCAAGUCACGCAGUUCCUGCUCGUGCUGCUCCCAGCCCACAUGACGAUUCGGCAGUUGGAAGACACAUCUACUGCCGUAUUCCAUGUGCUGCUGCAAACACCAUCAGGCAGCAGACCCGAAGCCGAGCUGAAGCUCUUUGACCUCCAAGUGCAGCGCCGCAGCCCCAGGUUUAGCAUCUUUGGAGUCGCCACGCUGGACUUCCGGCUGCUGACGACCUUUGUGUCAGCUCUCACCACCUAUGUUGUCAUUCUUUUCUCGUUGUAG